AUAAAUUAGGGUAUUGAUGCUCUCGCACAUCUUGCAAGCGUUUUAAGGAUUGCAAGAUGUGUGAACAAUAAUAGUCUUUAUCUGUAGGUUGUGUUUUAUCAGGUUUGACCUGAUGGCUUCAUGUUUAUUCCUGGUUCUAGGUUUUUCUUUUAAAAUGCCACUACUUGAGAAACAAGAAAAUAGUGAGCAGAUGCUAGUGAAAAAUGAAACCUAUCUGCAGAUUUUAAAAAACAAGGACCAGAGAAAGAGGCUUGUACAUGAAAUCUGCACCUUUUUGGACAGCAGCCAAUCUGUUCAGGAAAUUGAUGCUCUGAGAACAGAAAAUAGGAAGCUAAAAAAUGCGAACUCCCGGCUGCGUUAUAAAACAAAAGAUUGGGCCCUAAAGAAAGAAGAAUAUGAAAAUGAGAUUGAGAGGCUUUCGGGUGAGAUAUCAAAUUACUUGAAUGUCACAAACUUCUGGUAUGAAGAGUCAGAGCUUCUCAACAGCCAAGAUAAAAGAAUUCUAAGUGAACCUAGAAAACAUGCCAGCACUCAGACAGAGGGUGCUUUUGUGCUCGAGAAGAGAACUGUUGAAACUCAGACUGGAGAAGAUAGCUCUAGCUAUGUUGUUGAAGACUCAUUAUCACAGCCAUACCAGCCAGCUUGAAAAUGUAGCUGUUUUUGAGACUUCCUGUGGUGGCGGCAAGCUGGAAUCUUGUACUUGCAGUGCUUAUGUGUUUCUGUUGUGUUUAUCAUUGCCUGUAGAAGAGUCCUUGCCUAUAUUAACAAUAUGAAACAAACACAGGAUCGAGUAUAUCACAAUUUAUUCACUGUGACAUAGUUUAUUGUACUCAAACUUUAUGUAUUCCUUGAUGCCUAUUUAUCUGACUAUUAAAAUUACUCAGAAAAUGCAAAUAGAGAAUUGUAUCCAACUAACUCAGAGUAAACCUACUGAAAUCAAUACACAUGACUAACUUAAAUCCAUUGAUUUCAAUGUGUCAUAUGACUUAAGUUGAUACAACCCAGUAUACAUAAAUACAUAUACAUACAUACAUAUAUUUGGGAGGAUCACACCAGUUGCUUAAUCUAGGUGCUUAUUUGUUGAA